AGAGGAUUUUCAGCUAAUUUUGGAGCGACCCACCAACUUAUGGCGAGUGUCCGAGCGAUUAAUUUCCUUCCGUCUGGGAUUUAUAAUCUAGGUGCUUAUCUCAAUGCUCAUGGUUUAUUCUCAUUUGUAUGGUACAAAUGGAAGGCCAAUUAGAUGGAUCUGGUUGGAGUAUGGUGGAAAGAAUUGGCACACAGUUUGUAGUGGACGGAUCACCAUUUUAUGUAAAUGGGUUCAAUACAUACUGGCUAAUGGUGUACGCUGUGGAUCCUUCUACCAGACCCACUGUAAUUUCUUUGUUUCAGGAAGCAGCCUCCGCGGGACUUACUGUAGGACGCACAUGGGCUUUCAAUGAUGGGGGUUGGAGGGCUCUUCAGACAUCUCCUGGUGUUUAUGAUGAACAAGUAUUCAAGGCUUUAGAUUUCGUAAUAAGGGAGGCAGAGAAGAAUAAAAUACGGUUGAUAUUGAGUCUGGUCAACAACUGGGAUGAUUAUGGGGGGAAAGCACAAUAUGUAAGGUGGGGGAGAAAUGCUGGCUUAAAGCUGCAUUCAGAUUGUGCAUUCUUCUGGGAUCCAACCAUCCGGAGUUACUUCAAAGCCCAUAUUAAGGCUGUGUUAACACGGGUCAAUACAUUGACAAAUGUGGCUUACAAGGAUGAUCCUACUAUUUUCUCUUGGGAGCUAAUCAAUGAAGGGCGAUGUCAGACUGAUCCCACGGGAGAUACGUUCCAUGCGUGGAUUGAAGAAAUGGCACUAUAUGUAAAGUCCAUUGACCCCAAUCAUCUGGUGGGGAUAGGAACAGAAGGAUUUUAUGGGCCUUGUAGUCCUGCCAAGCUCCAAUUCAAUCCCUAUAACUGUGCACAUCAGGAAGGCACAGAUUACAUUCGCAACCAUCAAGCUGCUGGAAUCGACUUUGCCUCUAUACAUAUAUAUCCCAGUGCUUGGAUCUCUGAAAGCUUCUGCCCAAGUCACCUAUCAUUUGCAAAGAAGUGGGCAAUGACUCACAUAGAGGAUUCGGAGAAUAUAUUGAAAAUGCCCGUCUUGUUUACAGAAUUUGGGGUGCCUGAGAGAGAUGUGAAAUACAGAGAGAGUUUCAUGCAGAUUGUAUACAACAGUGUAUUAGGUUCUGCUGAAAAAGGCGGGGCAGGAGCAGGAAGCUUGAUUUGGCAGUUGUUUCCAAAUUGCACCCAAGCUAAGCGGAUGAGCGAUGGAUUCGAGAUAGUGCUUGCUCACAGUCCAUCUAUUACUAAAAUUAUUUGCGAGCAGUCCAACAAGUUAAAUUGUAUUAAUAACAGGGGAAUGUGUUUAAUACAAUUUGAUGGGGUUGAAGAGAGUUUGGCGGUAGGAGAUGCAGAAGCCAAAGCUGUCUCGUUUAAAUGAGUCCUUCAAUGACUUCAUAUUAUCAGAAGGCAUGACCAUUGAUAUCUAUUUUACUAGAUCAGACCAUUAAUCUCGAUCCUCAACCCCAAUGAAUAGAAUUGCUGGUCAACAAAAGCACGGUUACUGUUACAGUAAAUGUAUAUCAUCAUAAAAAAAAAUUACCUUAGGAAAUAGAUAAAGCUGAUUCCCUUGAAAAAUAUGUCAAUACAUAUAGUCACAAGGAAGACUGAAGAUCCCUGAAGUUAUCCUAAAUUAAUUUUGUACGAGUAGGAAAUCCAUUCUCCUUAUAAUCUGCGUCAACAAUCAUGAGCUUAAAUUAGUAUAUAUGUGUUGUUGAGAGGGUGGGUUCUAACUCCUUCGUUUAUAAAUCAAUUGUUAAAUAUUGUAAUGCUGUGAUGGUGAAAAUUGUAUA